AGAAACAGAAAUUCUUCCAGUUUCUCUGUAGACUGUGUUCUCUUGGCUCAAUAAACACAUUACUGACCAAUGCUUGUCUUUAUCUAAUUGGACAAUCACCGCUGAAAGUGAAGUAUUGUCCACUGCACUACGAGUUCGAGUUCUUUUAGUGUAAUCGCCGGAGCUUCACACAAAUAAGUUUCACAAAUCUGAACAGCUGACAGUUUCCUGCCAAAUUUCACUAUUCCUAACGAGAAGCUCUAAGAAAACUGAUACAAUAACAUUGGAAUACAAAUCCCAAACGGGAAAGUAAGAAAUUAAACUAUUAACAAACAUAACAAUAUUAAUAACAAUAAUACAGAAAGCCAUCACGGAAUUUAAUUUUGGAGCAACAAGCGGCGGGUAGUUGGUGUCUGUCAAUAAUCUGAAAACUAUUUGAUUGUUCCUCUGACUAAUGCCCAGAUAGUCAAUAUUUGUACGAUAUAAAUCCUGAUCGAAGUUAAACGUGAUAAUACUCUUCUAAAACAUUCACUACAAAUCCAUAUGAUUUGUCUUAAUUCACGCGUUAAAAAACUACUGCGCGAUGAAAUCGAGUCUGUUCUACGCACAUUUCUGUUAAUAUUUUGUUUGAUAGCUGUGUUCUCAUUUCAUAAAUAUUUCUGUACAAAAAAGACCAAAUUUGCAUCAAGUGAUCAUAAUAACAAUGAUGUUAAUUCUUAUAUAAAUUACACAUAUUUAUUAACUGAAGAGGAAUUGAAUUUCCCAUUAGCAUUCAGUGUAAUUACUUAUCGUGAUUUUGAUAGAGCAUUUCGUUUGAUUAAAGCAAUUUAUCGACCUAACAAUGUAUACUGUAUACAUACUGAUAAAAAUACAAACAGCAUUGAAUACACUGAAUUCGUUCAAUAUGUUCAACAACUAGGUGAAAAUAUUUAUUUUGUCCCAGAAGAUCAACGUGUUCAUGUUGUCUGGGGUAGAUAUUCUGUGUUGGAGGCUGAUUUAAAUUGUGCUAAAUUACUAUUAGCUAAAAGUAAAAAAUGGAGAUAUUUUAUCAAUUUAACUGGACAUGAAUUUCCACUAAGAACUAAUUGGGAGUUGGUUAAAGCAUUGAAAGCACUGAACGGUUUGAAUGUGGCGCCAGCGCAUUGUUUACAAAGCAAACCAUGGCGUAUACCACCAAAACGUCGUGUUCCUUUAGAUAUAGUUUGGUAUGAAGGUCCAGUUCAUGUCGCGCUUAGAAGAGAGUUUGUUGAAUAUAUGCUUUACAAUGAAAAAGCAUUAAUUCUAUUAGAAUCUCUUAAAAAACACGAGAAAGUAAUGCGCCAGUGCACUAUACCUGAUGAACAGUAUUUCACCAUUCUCAAUAAUAAUCCACAAACAUUCCAAAUACCUGGUGUGUUUCAAGGAUCAUUUAAACAAGAAGAAAAUUACUUUGUUUUAACACGUGUUAAACUAUGGUGGUUUCAUAUUUCAAAGUGUCAUACAAACAUUUAUCGUAAUGCCAUAUGCAUGCUUGGUAGUGGGGAUCUACCCUUGUUGAAGAAACAUCCGCAUUUUUUUGCGAAUAAAUUUCUACCCGAUGUUGAACCGGAAGCAUAUGAUGAAUUAGAACGUUGGUUAGCUGAUAAAGUGCUAUAUGAACACAACAACAAUCGCACACAUCCAUCAUUUUUAUAUCAGUAUUAUGUGAACUAUACGUGGGCUCAAACGCACAACUUGACAUUCAACGGAGAAUUCUGAAGAAGACGAUGACGAUGACAAAGAAGUCGGUGAAGGGAAAACAGAAGCAAAGAGGAACCAUUUAAUAAAUGACUAAGGUUAAUGCACACACAACCAGAGCACAAUUUUAGAUUUUAGAUCUGCCCUACUUAGUAUAAAUUAAGUAGUACAAAUAAAUUAAAACAUUUUCUCAAAAGGGUUAAAGGAAAUAAAAUCACACACUAGGAAGUAUUGAAAUUCUAAAUAAAUGUAAGGUUACAUUUGGGGGUGAAAAUGCAUCUUUUAUUUCUGUUGAACAUGUAAACAGGGUGCAUUACUUCCAACAUCACGUAGUUUUCAUCAAUCGGAUCUUAUUUAAAUUAUCAUCUAACUCUCAUAAUUAUUUUAACAUUUUUCUCCCAGUUUUCUAUUUCUAAAAAAUUGACAUGUUUGUGUCCAUCUCUGUAAAAGAAAUAGAAAAAUUUAUCUCAC